AUGAGCACCGCCUUUCGGCCCCCUUGGCCCACGGCUGUGGGCCCUUCGCGAAUGCUGCGAGUCAGCCUGUGGCGGGCAACGAGGGGCGACUUACUGUGCGCGCUGGCGCUGUCCGAGCUUCGUUUGGCCACAGUGUCCAAGCCGCUGUCCCUCGCGAGUUUUAAUGCCGGGCGGGGUCCGAGGGACCGAUGCGAUGCCCUGCCUCCCCAGCGCAGGUUGUUCAGAGCCGGAGCGUUCGUUGAUAACGCAGAGGCCGUGGAGAGGCGGCGUGGGGAUGCCGAUUCGCUCAUGAUUGGCGAACGAUCCCCGCCGCGCAGGGUGAUCAACCUCCCGGAUCCCGAGCUGCACGACGCUCAGGUGAAGCCGAAGACAAUGAAGAAACGGCGGAGGCGCGGCAAGCCCAGCAAGAAGGCUGUGAAGGACAGGCGCGGACUGCCCGUCCCUAGAACAGCGCCAAGACCAGCAAGGGAAAUGCAACAUGCAACUCCUGAGGCGGAAUUCAUGAUGAAGGUCCGUGAACUGAAGGUUUUCAAGUCCAAGUAUAUGGACUUGAACGUGCCAAAGACCUUGUGGGACAAUCAAGAGCUUGGCCUGUGGGUGGCAGAUCAGAAGAAACGACAGACACUGCGAUGGAUGGCAAUUGAGGAGAAAAAUGUCUUGGACAGCGUUGGAUUUGUCUGGAAGAAGAACGUGAACGAUGCGGAGUGGCAUAUGAUGCUGCAUGAAGCAAGGCGCUUCAAGGCAGUUUUCAACAAUCUGGAUGUGCCACAAAGAUGGAAGAGCGAAGAUUGGCCAGCUGUGUUCCCAAGGUGGUGGCAUCAACAGCCUGUGCUCUUUCAGCAGAGACGGCUGUCAGUUGACAAGGUCAUCAAGUUGAGAGUAAUCUUGGGCUAUGACCUGAAGAAAGUAGCGGGCGAAGAAAUCGCUGAUGCGGAAUAUGAAGAACAGCACCUGUCCCAACUGGAGUCCCAUGGCAGCCAGAACACGAUGGACUUCGAAGUUAUGGCCACUCAACUGCAGGAAUGGAAGGACAAAUACUACACAUGCCAUGUCCCAAGGAAGGUGCAUGAUGCAAGCGUGCUUGGUGAAUGGGUCCACCGCAUGAGGAGGAAAUAUAAGAAGAAGCUGUUGGAAGAAUGGCAGAUUCGGAAGCUGAAUGAGCUCAAUUUCGAAUGGAAGGUGCACCAGCUCGAUGCCAGGUGGUACAGUUUGUAUCAUCACCUCCGUCGAUAUAAAGCAAAGCAUGCCACAGUGGAAAUCCCUGAGGGUUUCGAUGAUCCCAGUGAGCCCAACUGGAUCGAGGCAUCGAGGUGGAUGGAAAGGCAACACAAGCUCUUCUUCAAGCAGAAACUCAGUCCACACAAAGUGCGGCUUCUGAAAGAUAUGGGCGUGGCACUUGACAAACCUUAUGGUCCUCUUAAGAUCAACCCAAUGAUUCAAGAGGUGGAUCCCAUCGGCUACAAAAAACUGAGAGAAAAGCAUGAAGAGAUGUUGAGAAAACGCAAGAAAGUCGAAAAGCGAGCAGCGAAGAAACGAAAGGAGGACAGAAUCAAGGAAAUGGAGAGGCAGGAACUCCUCAACUGGUACCUGCCGUUUGGAGACCCAAGAUUCAGAUGA